AUGAUCACCAUAUUACCUCCAUUAUCAGAGCAAUAUGGAUUUAUCAACACUUGCCUGAAGUCUCUUCUUAUAGAGAAAUUUGGUGAAGAAACAUGGGAAACUCUCAAAAUACAGGCUGGGGUUGAAGACACCUUUAUGACAUAUACAGUAUAUGACGAUGCUGUCACAGUAAAGUUGGUCGAAGAAACCUGCAAAACACUAAAUGUGUCGCAAGAAGCUGUCCUGAAACUUUUUGGGGAAUAUUUUUUCGGUUUCUGUAAGAUGUCUGGGUACGAUAGAAUGCUGCGGACGCUAGGCGGAAACUUGAUGGAGUUUAUUGAGAACCUUGAUGCCCUUCAUAGCUACCUUGCCUUGUCCUACCAGGAAAUGAAUGCACCAUCAUUUCGAGUGGAAAGAACAGAUGGCAUGAUGUUACUCCACUAUUACUCUGACAGGAAAGGCCUGUGUCACAUUGUCCCAGGCAUUCUUGAAGCUGUGGCCAGAGAUUUCUUUGACAGUGAAGUGACACUGGAAAUUCUUAAUCAAAACGAAGAAGAGGAGCGCACCGGCAAGAAGGAGCACGUGAUAUUUUUUAUUUUGCAGAAGAAUAAAGAGGCAAAGGACAGGAGCAAAGAAAAGGCAAAUUCUGCCUGUGCAGAUAACUCUCAGGAGGAUAAGAAGGUGAUGAAAUUGAGACUUGAUGCAGCUUUUCAUAAAGGAAAGGAAGAAUCUGUAGAAAAGGAAUCCCACUGGGACACUGUGAGAAAUAUUGUGAAAUUUGGGAAAGGCAACUUUUUACGUACAUUUGAACCACUUUUCCCUGAGAGGAUUUGGGUGGAGGAGAGAACAUUUUGCUGUGCUUUUCCUUUUCACAUAGUGUUUGAUGAAACAUUGAAGAUUAAGCAAGCAGGCGUUAAUCUUCAGAAAUUUGUACCAGGAUUGAAGAUACUUGGAACCAGAUUAGACAAAUAUUUUUCUAUUGUUCAUCCACAAGUUACAUUCACGAUUUUCAGCAUACGGAAGUUUAUCAAUAGCCAGUUUGUUCUCAAGACACGAGGGGAUAUGUUGCCUCAGUCGUGGAAGAAGCAGCCUGCACUAAAGCUCAGAGGACAAAUGGUCUGGAUGGAUUCCAUCCAGUGCAUGAUGUACUUGUGCUCACCAAAGCUACGCAGUUUGGAGGAGCUGGAGGACCUGCAGAUGCACCUGUCUGACCUAGCACAGCAUGACACAACAAGGGACCUCAUCCUCUUCAACCAGCAACGGCUGGCAGAGAUAGAGCUCUCCAACCAGCUGGAGAGGAAGAAGGAAGAGCUCAGGCUUCUCUCCAAAAACCUGGAGGCAGAAAAGAAGAAAUCAGAAACUCUGCUGUACGCCAUGUUGCCAAAACAUGUCGCCAAUCAACUGAAAGAGGGCAAAAAGGUCGAAGCAGGAGAUUUUAGUUCCUGCACGAUACUUUUCAGUGAUGUCGUGACUUUCACAAACAUCUGCUCUGUCUGUGAACCUAUUCAGAUAGUGAAGAUGCUUAAUUCAAUGUACUCCAAGUUUGAUCGACUAACUAGUGUCCAUGGCGUUUAUAAAGUGGAAACGAUAGGUGAUGCCUACAUGGUUGUAGGAGGGAUCCCCGUGCCUGUCAGUAGUCAUGCUGAAAGGGUGGCUAAUUUUGCCCUGGGCAUGAGAAUUGCUGCCAAAGAAGUUAUGAAUCCUAUUACUGAUCAACCUAUACAGAUUAGAAUUGGGCUACAUACCGGACCGGUGUUGGCUGGAGUAGUCGGAGAGAAAAUGCCCAGAUAUUGUUUAUUUGGUGACACAGUUAAUACAGCUUCUAGGAUGGAAAGUCAUGGGCUCCCAGACAAAAUCCAUGUCAGCCCAACAGCGUUCAGCGCAUUACCCCAACAUGCGUUUGAGAUGGUGGAAAGGGGAGAAAUAGAGGUCAAAGGCAAAGGGAAAAUGAGAACGUAUUUCCUGAGGCAAAACCUCUAUGCUACUGAAAAUGAAAUAAUGGGUCGAGCCGAAGAGACUUCUGGUAAUGCGGAUGACGCUUUGGAAAGUCAAGGCGGCAAGGAGAUUGUAAUGAUGAAGUAUGCUGAUUGUCAAGAGCGGCUUACUGCCAGAAAUGUAGAACAUGGAGAAGUUGUCAAAGGGUCUGAAAGCUAUUGUCCCCGUGGAGAUGAAUUGCAAGAAGAAAAUGAACCAUCACUUCGGAAUCAGUCGAGCUCAAUCCAUCUCGGCAACAACCACACUCCCUCAGCACUUUGCAUUAUGUUUUAG